UUCGUCACAGGCAGCAGCGGUGGCCGCAGUAGUAGACUCUUCGGUCUCCUGAUCAGUCGCCGUGCGCUGUGCGGGUUCGAGUCCCGUCCCAGGAGAAAUUUUUCUCUUGGCUAUGGAUGUUGUGAUUGUCCGUAGGUGGUAGAUGGUCUCUGACUGUCGAACGCGGAGGUACCACCCGGCGGUUCUCGUAAGCGGGGCCAGAAUGUGUGCAUAUUGCAUGCACACGUGUUCCCUCGCCAGAAGUCCGUGUGGCGUCCCCCCUUUCCCAUGUAUCCCCCAUAGCCCCACGGUACCCAAUGGGUGCUUAGGCCUUAGGCCUUCGUGGUAAUUGGAGUAUAAAAAAAAA